AUGAAGGACUCGUUCAUCAUAUAUAGUAUGUUUGUAUGCACCAUGCUGUGUGGUCUAUGGGACACAGCCCAGGGUCGGAGACUUCACUUGGGCAGUUGUAAAGUGAACAUACACACGCAGGAACUCAGGCACCACUUCCAGCACAUCCGGCAAAGCAUGAUUUCAGGAGACGAUCACAAGGGAAUCAGAUUACUUAGAAAAGAUAUGAUGCACAGUUUACAGGCUACAGAAAGCUGCUGUUUCCUCAGGCAACUCCUUCACUUCUACAUGGAUAAAGUUUUUAUCAACUACACCAGCAGUCAUUCCCUACAUCGCAGAACCACCAGCGUUCUGGCCAACUCCUUCCUCAGUAUCACCAAGGACCUGCGAGUGUGUCAUGCUAAUGCACAAUGUGAGUGCGGGGAAGAUGCCAAACUAAAACUCACAGGCAUUCAAACCACGUAUGACAAGCUUGAUCAGGCAUCAGGAGCAGUGAAGGCUAUCGGAGAGCUGGAUUCACUACUUGAAUGGAUAGAAAGUUUCCAGCACCACUGA